UUUUAUGAUUUUGGCAGGAUGGAGUUAGUGCAACGGCUGGUGCAGUGACUGGCAGUGCAGGUGCUUUAAUUACGAGCGGCGGUGUCAGUGGCACUACUAAGACACAGUCGAAAAAUGGAAAUAUAAUGAAAAAAGAUAAACGAGGCUCGACUGUUGCACUACAGACGGCUAGUGUUGAUAUAUCAGAUGCUUCAAUGUACCUGGAAAAAGCAAGCCCAUCACUGCAGAUAAAACGGAAAAGUAGCAGUGUUGAAAUAACAUCGAAUGGGCCAAUAAAUAGCAUUGAUAUGGUGCCAUUGUCGACAUUUGCAAAUGGUAAUCCAGUGAUCAGUGAAGAAGGUAGUAAACCAUCACCGACCAGUGCGAAUGGUGAUUAUGUCGUCAUUGACAACAAUAUACCGGAUACAAAUUCUGAUUUGUCAUCUAUGAGCAAACCGGCCACCAUCGCUACAACAAACAAUAACAUACAAAUCAGUCAAGUAUAAGCAAAGUAAAUGAAAGCAAUCAUUAUAUGAAACAUUAAAAAAAAAAAUGUUCACUCAGUAAUUAAUUUAAGGAACAAGAAAGCCAAUCGCUACAGUCUAGUACGUGAAAAAUUGAUACAAAUUCUGAAUUCUAAAUAACAAAUUAUUAGAAAAAUUCAGGAACUAAAAUGUAAUCGUAAACAUUUUCAAUGUAAAACUGUGCUAUUUUUCUCUCAAUUAAUUUUUGGUAUUGUUUUUCUAUUUUUAAUCUUGUUGAUUAUCGAUUCUCUCCUUUUGUCUUUAAGUUUGGGUGUUAUUCGUUGAAUUUUGAAAAAUUAUACUUACUUAUCCUUUCCAAAUAACAGAGACAAAUUAUUGGACUUAAUUUUGUGCGUGAAAUGCAAUAUUAAAUAAAAUUAUUCUAAAACUUGUAAA